AUGGCUUUAAUGCAAAGAAUGUAUUCUCCAACAAGAGGGCAAGUAUUGCUCGAUGGAUAUAAUUUACGUCAAAUAAAUGCUCAAUAUCUUCAUAGAGUUAUUGUUUCUGUUGGGCAAGAACCUACUUUAUUUUCUUUUACAAUAAGGGAAAAUAUUGCUUUUGGUCUCCCAGAUGAUGAGGCAGGUUUAGAUAGAGUUCAAGAAGCUGCUAAACUUGCAGAUAUUCAUGAUUUUAUUGAAUCAUUACCAAAAGGAUAUGAAACAGAAGUUGGCGAAUUUGGUGGUCAAUUAAGUGGGGGACAAAAACAGAGAAUAGCGAUUGCACGUGCUAUAAUAAGAAAACCUGUAAUUUUACUUUUGGAUGAAGCUACGGCUGCUUUAGAUUCUGCUAGUGAAAGGGCUGUACAAAGUGCGCUGGAUAGAGCUAGUCAACAUUGUACAUGUAUUCAAGUUUCACACCGCCUUUCAUCCAUCCGAUCGGCUGACCGAAUUAUUGUUUUAGUUGAGGGCCGCACCCAUCAAGAAUUAAUGGCUAAUAAAGGUCUUUAUUAUGAAAUGAAUCAGAUAGACCAAGCAUCUUAA